CCGCUCCUAUCUACAACCCUUCAAGAUGAUCCCAUGCCACGCUCAGCUUUUACCUGGACCUCAUCCUGACGAUGGCUAGGACACCUGUAAGUUGUCUUAUUAUAGGCGCUGGAUUCAGCGGUCUUGUUGCAGCCAGGCAGCUCGCGGCCGCUGGUCACUCUGUGCUCAUCGUCGAAGCCCGCGAUCGUAUAGGAGGCCGGGUGUUAUCGUACAAGGAAGGACAGUCAUACCCCGUCGAUAUUGGCUGUAGUUUUGUGCAUGGAUAUGCAGAGGGCGUCCCUACUAGAAAGCUGUUUGAAGAUCUGGGCAUCAAGAUGACAGUCCCAGCACCCAAGCCAAGUCUUCUUGUUGGUCCGAAUGGCCCGAUUCCAGAGGCGCUUGCUGGAAGGCUUCAUGCUAAUCUUGCCGAAGCCUCCAAGGAUGCUCUUACAGUCGCCGAAACCGGCGUGGCUGAGGCUCGUCUCUCCUUAGCUGACUCGCUAUUCAGUAAAGGUUCAAGGCUAUUUGAGGGGCUCUCUGAUACCGAAAGGCCGCUAGCGGAGUCUCUUUCCCGCUGUUUGGAGGCCGGGUUAGGUGCUACCCUCGAGCAAGUCAGUUUGCGGUGGAAUGGAUACGAGAACAAGUUUUCGGGAACCGAUGCUUUCCCAGAAGGAGGGUACCAGACAGUCACACAGGCGCUCCUGGACGCAUCCUUAGCAUCAGGUGCAGAACUUGUGCUAAAUGCACCCGUUUCGUCCGUCUCUCUCUCUGAAAAUUCGGAUUCCGUCACUGUAAGGACAACAUCCGGCGUGUCAUACCGUGCUCUAUCUGUUAUUUGCACGAUCCCAUUAGCCGUGCUAAAGGUUGCCCCACCAUCCUUUUUCUCACCCUCCCUUCCUUCGCGCAAGGUUGCUGCCAUUCAACGGACGCACGUUGGAACCUUGGCUAAGAUUCUCUUAACAUACCCCAAGGUGUGGUGGGGAGAGUCGUACGGUGGAAUUACGAUCCUUCCGGACAAGUAUUCGAACACAUGCAACACUUCCGACCCGAAGACACUUCUGUCCUCCAUCCCUUUGACUUGCGCGACGCUACAUACGACGAUACUCAUCUAUGUCAGCUGUGCAGCUGCCCCUGAUAUUGAGAAGAUGGACAAAGCUGUUGUCGCCAACGCAGCUCAUGAAAUUCUGAAAGACAAAAUUGGCAAAAACGCUGAUGUGCCUGCGUUCUCCCAUUCCACUGUUACUAGCUGGUCUGCUGAUCCUUUUACACUGGGUGCGACGACCACUCCAACCGUUGUCGGAGAUGAGCGUUCCCCCUUUGAUUUCUUCGAGUUAUCGCGUCCUGUCUGGGGCAGACGUUUGGGCUUUGCUGGAGAGCACACAGAUGUUGACCAUCGCGGGAGUGUACAAGGUGCUACCGAGAGUGGUAAACGUGAAGCUGAGAGGGUUUCUCAGUCUCUAGCGAGAUGAGGGAGAAGCUUUAAGCAGAAAAGGAGUCAAAUCCGUCAGAUUGUAAUUUAAUAAGAUUAAAAAGGCGGAGAAAAGGCCAUCUGGAUAAAUGAGUCUUUCCUCAGUUAUCAACUGACGAGGUUGUAGGGAAACAGAAUUCUAAGAUAUCUCACCGUUUGACCAGCAAAGGUGACAGAACGGGGCCAGUAAACAAAAUA